ACAGAAGUGUAGUGGAAUUGUCCGCCACAUGUGCGGGGUUUGUGUGUGUGUUGAAAUGAAGCGCAACAUCUAAAGUGAGCAAUGAAUAUAUGCGAAAAGAGAAUCGUGACAUCAGUUGUGCUCGGUGUGAAGACCGGAUCUGUGUGCGUGUCUGAAGCUUGAGUGACAUGCCAGAGAAGUCUCGUCACGGCCGUCAACAUCAGGUCUCAAUGGGUGAAGAAUCUCCUCGCUUGUCUACAGACUCUUCCUUGAGUGGCCAUGACCCUGUCCAGGCAGACUGCUGCUCCCUGUCCAUUGAACACUCAGAUAAUGAGCGUCCGAUGAGCACAGUGUCCACCAUCUCAUCAGGCUCCUCUGGAGAGGGCCAGAGCAGCCUGUUCAGUGCAUCCCACUGUCUCCAGUCAUUGCCCUCACUAUCCACAGAAACUGACAUCAACUUGGAGCUCAGUCCUCCUGAGGAACCUAAUGAGUAUCCUUUUCUACUGAGGCCUGCAAGCAAAAGACUAAAGCAAGACCCUGCUGCGGGCCAGUUUAACAACAACGCAAACACAAUUGAAGCACUGCCACCACGCCUGAACGGGCCUACACCUGUCGCCUCUGUAGUGAUGGCACCUAAUUCUCAGCUAACCUAUGUGGACCGAGUUGUCAUGGAGAUUAUUGAGACAGAAAGGAUGUAUGUAAGGGAUUUGCGCAGUAUCGUGAAGGACUAUCUGGCUCACAUUAUAGACACCAGGGAUUUACCUAUUAAGCCUGAGCAGGUGUGUUCUCUGUUUGGCAACAUCGAAGUCAUAUAUGAGUUAAACAGUGAGCUACUGCAGACUCUAGAAAUGUGUGACAGCGACCCAGUGGCUAUUGCAUGUUGCUUUGUAGAAAAGAGUGAAGAUUUUGACAUCUACACUCAAUACUGCACAAACUAUCCCAAUUCAGUUGCUACGCUUACAGAGUGCAUGAGGAACAAAACACUGGCCAAAUUUUUCUGGGAUCGUCAGGCAACUCUCCAACAUUCCCUCCCUUUGGGUGCCUACCUGCUGAAGCCUGUGCAGAGGAUUUUGAAAUAUCACCUCCUUUUACAGGAAAUCGCCAAACAUUUUGACCCUGAGGAAGAGGGCUAUGAUGUGGUGGAAGAGGCCAUAGUCACCAUGACAGGAGUGGCUUGGUACAUCAAUGACAUGAAGAGGAAGCAUGAGCAUGCUGUGAGGCUGCAGGAGAUUCAGUCCCUCCUCAUCAACUGGAAAGGACCAGACCUUACUGCAUACGGUGAGCUCGUCCUUGAAGGAACCUUCCACGUCCACCGUGCAAAGAAUGAAAGGACGCUGUUCCUCUUUGACAAAAUGCUUCUCAUCACUAAGAAGAGAGGAGAGCAUUAUGUCUACAAGACCCAUAUAAUGUGUUCCACUUUAAUGCUGAUUGAAAGUGCCAAGGACUCUUUUCGCUUCAGUGUGACCCACUACAAACAUCCUAAACAACCGCACACAGUACAGGCCAAAACUGUUGAGGAGAAAAAACUGUGGGCUCAUCACAUAAAGCGGCUUAUUCUGGAAAACCAUCAUGUCAUCAUACCGCAGACAGCCAAAGAUGUGAUUCUGGACAUGAGAUCUGCUGUCGGCCCAGUGAAGUAUCGCUACAGUCCUGAAAGACAAAACAAGGGUGAGGACCUUCUAAUGGGAGGACUGAAAGAGCGAAGGAGAUCAGAGCCAUUUAACAGAGUUAAACAGAACAUGAGAGCUACAAAAGAAACUUUGAAGCAUGCUGACAGUGUGGGCACUCUGCUGUCGGCCAGCAGCCAGGGUUCCCUGCAGGCUGCAGUUAGUGCCUCCACCUUGGGUUCUGGCACGGACGAAGCAGAGACCGAGAGACCCGUAAAUGAGGAGAGCACAACCGGGUGGCUCUCCCUGGACUGGCUGAGCAUGACUGGUUUUGAAACACCAUUCCAAAGAGAGAAAGAAGAGCAAAAGGAGGAAAAAGGCCAGAGUGGAAAAGAUGAAGAGGUUCUGGUGAAAGACGAGCAGGUAGCUGACUUUGCCAGCUCAGUGUUGGCCGCCAUCUCCUGCUGGCGCUAUAAGGCCAGGGCUUUGCUUUUCGCACGGGUCCCAAUGAACAGAGUUGGGGAGCAGGCUAUGGAGGAGAAACUGGUGGAAUCUAAGAGAAGCCAGUCUGCCGUCGAAGGAGACCAGAGUGAGAAUUCUGCUGUAUGUGAAGAGGAAUGUUCUGAGGAUCAUUGUUCACCAGAAGUUUCUCUGCCUGCAGAAGAAGAGGAAGAAAAUGAAGAAGAAGAAGAAGAAGAAAGAGCUCAACAGUCACACAUUAUUUCUCAGGAUGAAAGCAGAGUGGAUGAAGAGAUUGUGGAGGUUACCAUUGAGUCACUGUCCCAAGCCCACAAUGAGAUCCAACUAGAGGACGAGAGCAAUCAUUCAAGAACAAACUUCUCAGAAGAUGUAGAGGACCUGGGGGAUGAUGAAGAAGAAAUAGAUGAUGAUGAAGAUGAGGAAGAAGUGUCAUCAAGAACUGAAUCGAAGAGCAUCUUGCCAACAUCUGUUCUAGAUAAAGCCAGUGUUAUUGUUGAACACUUUGUUAGCAGUCUCUCUCGGCAAAGCAGUGUGGCAGUUGAUGACAUGUUAUCUCUGGGUUGCUCUUCAUCUCAGACCGGAAGUAGGAGAAGUAGUGUGUUCAGCCUCAAUGCUGAGCUGCUGGACAAGGAAAAGACACAAGAGAUAAGCUGCUCGUCUCCUGAGCCAGUAACUUUUCAACUUGUACCAGAAUCUUUUGCCUCAGCCACUCUUGGAGACAGGCUAGUCACACCAGACCAAAGAGCUCAAACAAAACCAGAUACACUUUCCAAAAAGGACAGGAUGCUUAUCCAUAAGAUCAAGCAAUACUAUGAGCAUGCUGAAGAACAGGAUGAGAAUUUCAGCAUCAAACGCAGGGAAAGCCUCUCUUAUAUUCCUGCAGGAUUAGUCCGCGAUCUCAGCCGACAGCUCAAUGGCCUUCCCACUGAAGAAGCUGCGGCAAGUCACAAGAAGGCCUCAAAAGUCACAAGACCUACUUCUUGGUCAGUUUUUGAACUUCCAGGACUGGAGAAAGAGAAGAAUUCCACAGAGGUCAUGGAAACAGAGAUUCUGUCUAGUAUAGACACACAAAAAGAUAUGGAAAGGUCUCAGGUUGUUGCUCAGACAACUGAUAAAGAAGAGGAUUUUCAAACCUCUUCUGUGAUGAUAAAAGUUUGGCAAGACAUGGAGGUUGAAAUCAAUGAAACUUCUACAAAGCCUCAAAAUGCUUUUAAAGAUAACAUAAAUAGCAUAGAUGUCAGCCCUACCCAGGACCAAAUGGGACAGGAACGUUCGUAUUGUGAUAUUUGUGAACCUCUCCAAAUAACAGAAGAAUCUGACAGCAUGGCUGGACAAGGGACCUCAAUGCCUUCCCCACUUAUCGGAUUUCAAGGCAAAGAACAUACUGGGGACAGCUUAUACAGUGAUGAGAUUCAAAAAAGACAGAUCAAACAUGCUCCACUACCUAAGAUUGUCUCACUGAGGUCAGGCUCAGAAGAUGACCUAAUGAUACAAGAUAUGGAGAAAAUGAAGAACAAAGUAUUCCAGCUAGCAAGGCAAUACAGUCAGCGAAUUAAGAAUAACAGGCCUGUUGUGAGACAAAGAGAAAAGGUGUCAGAUAUUAACUUUUGCCACAAAAACCUGUCCUCUGUUGUGGAGGACAAAACUCAAGAGAACGAGAUGGGUAUGCAGAGCCCGGCACUAUCGCUCGUUUCAUGUGAGCACGAAAACUCCAGUUCAUCACUGAGCCCCUGCUCCCUGGGCAGUCCUCAACUACAGUCCACUAUCAGACAACAUACACUGGAUCAACAAAGUCCAGUCUACACCGAGAGCUUUAAUUGGCCAGAUGUAAGAGAGCUGCGUUCCAAAUACUCACGCCCGAGUCCUCAAUUAGUCUCAAUUAAUCGCAGUUGCUCUGUCCCAGAACAAAUACUUGAAGUUGGACGAAAUAAUCCCAUAGCCCAUCAAAGCUGCUCCUGUUCCAGCCCAGUUAACGACCCCCACACAACACAAAUUAAAGACACAUCCACUACCCAUUCCAUGGACAAGGGACCUGCAGGACAGGGUGUGGGUAAACUGCGCAAAAGCAGUUCUUUGGACCACGUGGUGGGACCGCUUCAUCUAAAACAACAAACAAACCUUGCAGACAUCCAAAUGAACUAUUAUAUAUCUGGCCAGGCCACCCUGCCCAAUGAAAACAAGAUCAUUAUAGUAGAAAGAAUUACUAAGAUGGAAAAUAAUGGUCUUGGAGCCGAUGAAGAGAAGAAAUAUGAACUUCAUAAAGACCAACUAAGAUGUCCAGACAGUGCUGAAACAUCUAUGUCAUUUGAAAAAGCCGAGAACAGCCAACAAAGUUCAGUCAAAAACCUGCGGGAGAAGUUUCAAAACCUCGGUUCAUAUACAUGAAUGUUCUUGUAAGCUGAUGUCAGACUUUUCUAUUAUUGUACAUUACUGCGCACAAGUUCAGUGUUUUUAUACAAAAAUUCCUAAGCAUAGAGUCUUCAAUCCAUGUGUUAAUUAUGUAAAAUAUAGAUUGUUAAUAAUAAUAGGAGUGUUCAAAAGAGUAUUUGUAUAUAAUUAUGCUGUAUUAAUUGAAUUAAAUGGUGAAAGGAAAUGUAUAAACUCAGACCUCAUCUGAAAUAUUUGACACUUUAUGUAAUUUAAUUUAUUGUUUAUAAGCAUAUUACAAGAUUUUAAAUGCUAAAAAAUGCUAGUAAAUCAAAAGCUAACCAAAAGCCUUUUUGUACAUAGACACACUAUCUAUCUAUCUAUCUAUCUAUCUAUCUAUCUAUCUAUCUAUCUAUCUAUCUAUCUAUCUAUCUAUCUAUAGCUGAGGGUCAAUAGAUAGAUAAAUGUGUGUGUAAAUGUAUAUAAGCUUUUAGUUAUUUUCUACAUGACACUGGUAAGAUUUCUCAGGAUGCCUAUUUGCUAUUUCAAGAUUUUUAUCAUUUACCAUUAUUCAUUCAUUCUUUCAUUUUUAUGUACUCUAUGUAAUUGUUCUCUGGAGUGUCCAGUAACCGUACUUCCAUAGCAAUCAAGUAUAAUCUGAAUUAUGGCCAGUUAUGUGUCUAAUGGGUAUGAAAGAUAGCUUGUAAGUGCUGUAGACUUUACCUUACUGUAUGUUUAUUCUCAUAAAGCUGUCAAUUACCAGUAACAAUAGCUAAUGUGUAUGGCUUCAAUUAACAAGGUGUACAGUAGAUAAAAUUAGAGAUGAAUGCACUUUGAGCUCAUACGUCUGUUUGUUUUCUAUCCAUAUAAUUUGUGAUUAUCUACUGUAAAUUUGUUUAUCAUUUUUUUACAUUUCUUUAAAAAAAAGCAUACUGUAUAAGUAGGCAGUGUUCAUUUUUUGUUCAUUUUACAAUAACUCAUAACAGGGGCUUCACGUUACAUCCAAGGUUUCUAUAGAAAAUGGUCUUUACAAUCAUCACAUUCAUCUUGAACAUAGAUACAAUUUUGAAUAUUCAUUAUGUAUUAAAUAAAUAAAUAUGUAAGUAUGUCAUUGAUACAGUAAAUAAAUUCAGAAAAUAUUAAAGCAAUGCUCAUCAAAGAAUAAGGAAUACUUCCAUAAUGGGCCAAAACAUCUGACAGCCAAACAGAAAUUGAGUAUUUAUUAAAAGAAAUGGUUUUCACUGUGAUAUAAAACUUAAUUAGCAUCUUCAGGAUCGUGCUGAGGUGAUGCAUCAAAUUUCCUACCUGUAUCUACUGCUCAAAUGUUACUAUGAUGUGAUUAAAAUGCUUACAUGUGCCAUUUAUUGCUUCCACUCUUUGUACAAUUUUCACCAGAUUUGGGUCUCAUCAUUUUGGCACCCUGCUGCCCAUUUCUUCAUCCAGAUCUUUAAAAGUCAGUGAGCUCAUUAACUUGUCAUGGUUCAAACUUACACAUUAUAAGUUAAACUAUUUGCAAAACCUCCAUAGGGUAGGAAACAGAAUUGAGUAGUUUACCUUGCGACUCUUCUAGUCUGAGUCGUUUGUUCUUUGAUCAUGUGACUCCUGAUAUGCACAGGAAACAGGAUGUAUAGAGUAGUUCAUUUCAUGAUUCAUCUGAUCCAAGUCGUUCGUUCUUUUAUCACAUGACUCCCAUAGACGCUACACAACAGAUCCAAAUUUUGGUCCGAUUUUUGACAUUAAUGGUACAAUAAUUAUGGGAGUCACUUGACAAACGAACAACAUGGACCAGAAGAUAUGAGAGGUGAUUAGCUGCAUUGUCAUAUUUUCAUUAUUGGAACUAUUGACAAAGUUUGUGUAUGUAGCUGUGUUGGCGACCUGCUUACUCAAAUGUAACAUUUUCUAUUGUUUCUGAUCAAAGGAACUUUGAUAAUUUAUUAAAUUUAUGAAUCAAAUAAAUAAAAUAUUUUGAUGAACAAGAUUCAAAUAACCAAGUCACUAAAGUGAAUCUAUCUUCCCAUCACUAAUCCACACUUUGAAAGAAAAUGUAUAAAAUGAUGUAGUGUUAAUCCAGGAUAUUGCUUGAUGCACUAAUGGCCUUCCCUCAUCAGAUUCACAAGAAACCUGGAAUGGUUUCAAUCCACAGGUGUGCCUUGUCAAGCGUUAUUUUGUGACAUUUCUUACCUUAAUGUGCUUUAAACAAUCAUUUGUCUUGUGCAGAGGAAGGGAUGGUGCAGAUUCAAUAGCCCCAUUAAUCCUUAUUCUUGCAAGGUCAGUCGAUCUGAAAAAUAUCAUGAACUUUAAAUGUAUCCUCAAGUGCAGUUGUGAAGAUGUAUCUGGCCUGUAUGGCAGGGUGAAAAGAUGCCACUCAGUUUGCACUAUGCAAAAACACACCUGGAAGACUCUGGCAAAGGGUGCUAUUGUCUGAUGAGCCCAAAACCUUUUUGGACUAAAAUCUAAGUGCUAUGUUUGCUAUGAAAAGACCAUAUGUACUGUGAGGCAUGGUGGAGGUGUAUUAUUUUUGUGGGGGGUUGUUUCUCUUAAUUGGGGACUUGAUCAGUCAAGAUUGAAAAGAAAAGAUUCUGCCAAGUACCUCCAAAUUCUUGAGGAAAACCGGUGUCCCUCUCCUAGACAGCUGAAGAUGGGCAGGCCUUCCAAAAUGACAUUCUGCCGAAAGAACAUCACAAUAGAUUAUGAAUAGGAAGGACAGAACCUUGACUUAAAUCAGACACUGUGGAUGGGAUUGAAGAAAGCAGUCCUGUGUCAUAGAAUGUGACUGAUCUUAAGUAAUUCUGCAGGAAAAUGGUAAAAUAUUCCCCAGUCUAAGGAUGCAAAAUUCAGCCACUGUUUACAAUUGUGAUGAGCAGAAAAGCAUCAUAGAACUCACAGCACACUGAACCUUAACGUGUUUGAUCUGCAUCAACUGGGAGAAGCCUAGGAAUAUCUUCCUAAUCCUUUAUAUGAUUAUAUAUCUUUUAAUAAAGAUUGAUAUUAAAUAAA